CCCGACCCAACAGCAAAAUGAUGUCUCCAAAAGACAAGCCCAAGAAGAAGCCUCCCAAAGACAGCAUGACCUUGCUGCCAUGUUUCUAUUUUGUGGAGCUGCCAAUCGUGGCAUCCUCCAUGAUCUCUCUUUACUUCUUGGAGCUGACAGACGUGUUACAGCCAGCCAAAGUGGGUUUCCGGUGCCACGACCGCACACUGAGCAUGCCCUAUGUGGAAACGGGAGACGAGCUCAUCCCUCUGCUCAUGCUGCUCAGCCUGGCCUUCGCUGGCCCCGCAGCGUCUAUCAUGCUGGGUGAAGCCUUGAUGUACUGCAUGCAGUCCAAACUGAAGAUUCGCUCUAGAUCGGAAGGGAGUAUAAACGCAGGAGGCUGCAACUUCAACUCUUUCCUACGAAGAACAGUCCGCUUCGUAGGUGUUCAUGUGUUUGGGUUGUGCGCCACUGCAUUGGUGACUGACGUUAUCCAGCUGGCCACCGGAUAUCAUGCUCCAUUCUUCCUAACCGUGUGCAAACCCAACUACACACUACCAGGCGUGGCGUGUGACAAAAACCCCUACAUAACCCAGGACAUCUGCUCAGGCCGAGACCAGUAUGCCAUCCUGUCAGCAAGGAAAACUUUCCCCUCCCAGCACGCAACUCUGUCUGGCUUCGCAGCCGUCUACAUCUCUAUGUACUUUAAUGCCACCAUCUCGGACAGCACCAAGCUGCUGAAGCCUGUGCUGGUGUUUGCAUUUGCAAUAGCAGCAGCCCUGGCAAGCCUGACCCAGAUCACCCAGUACAGAAGCCACCCUAUUGACGUCUACGUGGGCUUUGUGAUUGGAGCUGGCAUCGCAGUUUAUCUUGCACUGUAUGCAGUGGGGAACUUUAGAUCCAAUGAGGAAGCCUCCCCAAGGCCACUAAAGCAGCUCCCUCCUCCUCAAAAAGAUCCUCUCAGAGAGCUGACACAGCGUGGCCACGACUCUGUCUACCAAAAGGCCCAUGCAUCUGAGAGCAACGAUGAGCUGACAGCCCCACCACAUGUUGCUGGCCUUAACCGUAAGGUGCGUCGAGAGAAGGCCUCGAUGGGCAGCCUGAAGAGAGCUAGUGCAGAUGUGGAACUCCUUGCACCUCGCAGCCCAAUGGGGAAGGAGACCAUGGUGACCUUCAGCAACACACUGCCCCGUGCCAACACCAAUGCCAUAGAGGAACCUGCUCAGCGUCACAUGACCUUCCACGUGUCGAUGGACACUCAGCGCUCCAAACAGCUGGUGUCCGAAUGGAAGCAGAAAUCAAUGGAGAUGCGCAGUCUCAGCCUCAGGGACGAGGAGGAGGAAGAAGGAGCAACUGCAGAGGGAGUUGACGGAGUCGAGGUGGAAACAUCGGAUGAGCUGGGCAUGCCUACCUCUCUUUAUCCAACCGUGCAAGCGAACAGGGGAGCGACGGUGGCAGCAGGAGGAACCAGGGUGAUGAUGCCUCAGAGGCCCGGUGCGCCACAGUUGGUUCAUAUCCCAGAGGAAGCCACCAGGCCACCACCGGUGUCUCCUAAAAGUGCCAUCACAAGGGCUAAAUGGUUGUCCAUGAGCGAAAAAGGAGGUCCAGUACCAGCUGCAACUCCAGAACCUCCACGACUGCCCAACCAGCCAAGAGUUAUGCAAGUCAUUGCCAUGUCUAAGCAACAUGGUCCAGGCAGCAUCACUACUCCGAAGUCCUCUGAGACCGCCUCAUCAUGUGCCACAUCUAGCACUGGUUCAGAGUCUCCAUACUACCGAAUUCCAUCGGAGCAAGACCGUAGUAGCAUCGUAACAGUAGAUGCUCACGCUCCUCAUCAUCCAGUGGUCCGUCUUUCUUCAGGCAACGGGAACACCUGGGAUUGGAGAAGCACCUCUAAUGGCAACACUGAGGUACACGAGACCAGCCGGACACUGCCCAGACAGGAGUGCAUCCGUGAUUAUCGUCCCAGGAAAACUGAGUCCCUCUGCUCCUCUACCAGUGAUCUUGACCCAGGGAUGCUGCCUCCGCCACCUCAUCCCGACCUGCUCUUGGACAGCAGCCUCAGUCGAGAUUCCUCACUUCACCGCAAUUCCUCGAUCUCAGCUAAAGACUGGGAGCCUGGACAGCCUCACCCGGAACCAGACCACUUCUUUAAGAACUUACAAACAAACAGGCAAUUUAAAGAUUGAGGGACGGGGUGACUGUAGGUCAAAGCAGGGACACUACAGACUUCUUUUUUGGGUAAAAUCCAAUGUGAAUAGUUGUGUUUUCAGUGGAUGGCGGGAGAAGACAGUCUUCUUGGUUAUCUCACAUUGAGCAUCUGGAGUGGAUUAGUGCAGUGGAGCACCAGAAGGAUCACACAGACUUGAGGAGGCCGUUGAGUGUUCAUGCACAAUCUGUGAGGAAAGAUGACCCACAAACCUCAAAAAAGCAAAAUAGUUGUAAUUAUGGUGUAAUGAAUACAUUUAUCAAGGGUUUCUGUUCUUUUCAGUCUUCACAGUCCAGGAUUCAAGAUCAAGUUCACAUGAGCCAGUACCAAGCAACCAGCCAUAUUUAAAUUUUUAAUUGGGGGUUCAUUCAUUCACACAAGGACUUCAGAUGCAUUGUACAAGAGAAAUUCAUGGCUCAGUUCACUGAUGACUUAAGGCUGAUUUAUACUUCUGCAUCAAGCACACACGUGUGCUCCUGCGCAGCCUUCGCGUGGUCGCAUAGCCCUCAUUGUGGCCGUUGCCGACGCGCACCUCACAAAAAAUGUCGCAAUGACGUGUAGCGUAAACUCUGUGAUUAGUUGGCUUGGUAUCGCUGACGAGUGUGAGCAGGACUGAGAGCCGCGCAAACCCAUUGGAGUGAGUGUUUACAAGUGUCGAGUCCCGCCAAGGAGCUCUAGAUGGAAAGUUUUGUUUUGUGCUUACCUCAUGAUUAAAGUUGUUGCACAUCCGCCGCUUCCCGUCUCAAAAUAAGCGAGUUUGAGCCACUUGUACAUUAAGGUAGCAUUCAGAAAAAAACAAAACACCAGCAAAGAAACACGACACAGAGUAACAUAAAAACCUCACUGCUAGCUAGCGUUUCGGACGUCUUAUUGCAGCGCAACACAAACAGCACGCAGAAGUAUAAAUGCAUGGCAACGCGCAAGGCAUGCACCAUUGGUCACGCCGAUCACUCGACGCAGAAGUAUAAACCAGGCUGGGUACAGUUUUUGUUGUGGGAAUAUGAGCAAGUUAGCAGUCUCAUCUCUUUGCUGUGUGUGGAGUCAGUUUGAUGUAGGCCAAGUCACUUUCUUGUUUUUUAUACUAAAAUAUGAAGUACUCUUGCUUGUUUGUGCGUGUUGCAUGUGUGUUUAUUUAUGUCUUCUAGACCUUGAAUGGAUUGUUUCAUAUCAGCAGGGAUGGCCUCUUUCUUUUUGCUGCCCAAUGUUUAAGGUUUUUUGUAACAAACUUUGAAAAUAAAAUUGUAAUACUAUCUG